GAUAUGGGUGGGCUGAAGAAGCAAUAUGUGGCAGCCCUAGAUGUGGGGACAACAUCAGUAAGGUGUCAUGUAUUUGAUGAAAGAAUAGAACCUGUUGGAAGGAGUAGUCAACCUGUGAAAGUGUUAUCACCAAAGCCAGGUCACAUGGAGAUAAAUCCAGAUGACCUCUGGAACUCCAUCCUCUCUGUCAUUCCUGAAGCUGUGCAAGCUGCUGGCUUGACCUUGGAUGGAGCAGCAUUGAAAGGCCUAGGCAUCUGCACUCAAAGGAGCACUUUCAUCACUUGGGAUAAGCACACAGGAAUCCCUUUCCAUAAUCUCAUCACAUGGCAGGACUUCCGAGCUGAACAGUUUGCUCACACCCAGAAUUCCUCCUUCAUCUUCAAAGUUUGUUACUGCCUGGCUCUUCUCUGUUUUAAUUAUGGGAUAACUUGCAUGUGUCCUCCUUCAAAUCAGCUCAUCAAGUCCAUAUUGUGGCUUCUGCAUAAGGUCUCAAUUCGGUUGGCCUGGGAAGUGAGAACAAAUGAAAUGUUGAGGGAAGCAUUAAGGGCAAAGACAGCCAUGUUUGGAACCAUGGACACUUGGAUUCUAUAUAAACUGACCCAGGGGAAGAUUGGGGACCAAAGCGCAUCCUUGUUUGGAAACUGUUGCUUCAAGAAGGGAGAUUUGAAGCUUACUCUUGGCACUGGAGGAUUUCUCAAUACAAACACUGGGAAUGAACCCAUCUCAUCCGUAUUUGGCAUUUUCCCUGUGGUUGCAUGGAAGAUAGGUUCAGAGCUGACCUACAUGGCUGAGGGGAUGUUGAAAGAUGUAGGAACUGUCAUGGAGUGGGCAUCCAGGGUGGGACUUGUCUCUGAACCCAAGGACACUGGUCCCUUGGCUGAGGAAGUCCCUGAUGCCCAUGGAGUCUGUUUCAUCCCUGCCUUUGCUGGACUUCAGGUCAUGCCAUGUGCCUUUCUCUUCCAUCCAUAUGAAAUGUGCAAAUGCCCUACCAUCCAUUUUCUUCAGGCUCCACUGGAUGAUGACUUGGCUGGAACAGGAUUCCUAGGCCUAAAGAUGAGUACCAAGAAGGCACACCUGAUUCGAGCCAUGCUUGAAAGCCUAGCCUUUCGGAUUCAUCUCAUCUUCCAGUGCAUGGAACGUGAGACUCCCUAUCAGCUGCAUGAUCUUAGUCAUAGCUUUGUAUGGAAGAGUCUUCAGAGUAUGAGAAUGGGUCAUGAGAUUAUGUAUUCCUGUUCCCAUCAUAGAGUGGAUGGAGGAGUGAGUCAGAAUGACUUUUUACUUCAACUCCUGGCAGAUCUGUCAGGACAGCGGCUGUUGCGACCAUGCAACCAUGAUACUACUGCCCUUGGUGCUGCACUCCUUGUAGGCCUUCAUACAGGUAUGCUUCUCAUAUUCUGUUGUAUCCCCUUCCACACACGAAGGAAGCGGUACGUGGCGGCUCUCGACGUGGGAACGACGUCGAUCAGGUGUCACGUCUUCGACGAAAGAGCGCAACUGGUCGGAGAGAGCCAUCGACCCGUGGAAGUGUUAUCACCCAAGCCAGGUCACAUGGAGAUGGAUCCGGACGACCUGUGGAACUCCAUCCUCGCCGUCAUACCCGAAGCCGUGCAGAAGGCCGGCUUGGCCCCGGAUGCGACGAGCUUGGAAGGCCUGGGCAUCUGCACUCAGAGGAGCACCUUCAUCACCUGGGAUAAGCACACUGGAAUCCCGUUUCAUAAUCUCAUCACCUGGCAGGAUCUUCGGGCGGAACAAUUCGUCCGAGACUGGAAUAAGUCCUUCACCUUCAAGGUGCUCGAUGUUCCGCGUCUUCGUUCCGAUUCGGACGCAGAUGUUCACGAUGGAUGUGCGAUGUGUUUGCAGGCGAUCAAGUCUUUGAUGUGGACUCUGCAUCGGACGACGGGGAACAAUCGAUACCUUGGACUCGCCGUCCUCAAGUUCUCCACCUCUCACGUCUGUCGGCGAGCCUUCUUCCGACGGGGCAACGAAUGCCGGCAAGAAGCGUUCACGUCGGGUGUCAUUGAGGGUGUCUUGGGAGGCGAAAACGAACGAAAAAUUGAAGGAGGCGAUACGGCAGAAGAGGGCCAUGUUCGGCACCAUGGAAACGUGGAUCCUCUACAAGUUUACUCACGGACAGGUUCGGAGACGACGUACAUGGCGGAAGGCCUGGUGAAGGACGUGGGGUCCGUGGUAAAUUGGGCCCUGAAGGCCGGGAUCGUGUCCGAUCCGAGGGAGAUCCAUUCCCUGUGCGAACAAGUUGGUCCGAAUCACGGACUCCACUUCGUCCCUGCCUUCUCGGGGCUUCAGGCGCCGCUCAACGACGACUUGGCAGCGACCGGAUUCCUGGGAGUCAGGUCCAUCACGGAGAAAGGUCACCUGGUCAGGGCCAUGAUGGAGAGCCUUGCCUUCCGCAUUCAGCUCCUCUUUCAGUGCAUGCUCGACGAGACGGAUUACGACCUUAACGAUCUCAGGGUGGAUGGAGGAGUGAGUCGGAACGACUUUCUGCUCCAGCUGGUGGCGGAUCUGUCAGGGCAGAAGUUGAUCCGGGGAGAGAAUCAAGAUACCACUGCCCUCGGCACCGCCUUCCUCGUCGGACUUCAAACCGGGUUGUGGAAGUCGAAGGAAGAAGUGAAGGGGUUGGUCCACUGGGAGAAGGAGUUCAAGCCGGAUUCCACAAGAGGCAAGGAAUACAAGGAAGAACUUCUCCCUUCCUGGAUGAGAGCAGUCCAGCGCUUCAAGAGGUGGUAUGCCUCCUAACGCCUACCGCAUACUCCAUCCGUACACUUCAUUUACGCCUACAAAUUCGGGAUUACCUAUUGUGCCAUUGGCAUUCUCGAUAUGGGGAAGAAGCCUCAUCGCAUGCAUUCCACUAUCGAAUCAUGCGAUGUACCAGGUGGGGAACGGUCGUUCGGAUGUGAUGCAAUGUAUCCUAUCCUUCAGUUCCAACAAUCAGUUCCAACAAAAAAGGAGAGAUGAUCUCUCAAGACUGCGUGAGGCUGUUCUUGCAAUCCAUUGUGAGGAUCGACGUGAUAUACCGAGCCAAAGUGAGAACGUGUAAGUCCAAAAAAGUUUCGCUUGUGCUGCUGCAGCCUUAGGAACUCUUUUCCGUGA